GCCAGAAGGGAGUAGCCAUGCUACAGAAGGAGCUGGAAAAGAUCAAGAUUCCUGACUUCUCUGGAAACUUUAAGAUCCAACACUUGGGGAAAGGGUAUUACAGCUUCUACAGCAUGACCAUCCUCGGAUUCCAGCUUCCCAGUCCCCAGAUAAGACUGGAGCCCCAGGUGGGCCUCAGACUCUCCAUCAGCAAAGCCAAUGUGAAGAUCAGUGGGAAGUGGAAGGGAAAAAAGAAUUUCUUCUCAGCCAGUGGCAAGUUUGACCUGAGCAUAGAAGGCGUCUCCAUUUCAGCUUUUCUGAACCUGGGCAGUGACCCCACCUCCGGCCACAUCACGGUGGCCUGCUCCAGCUGCGGCAGCCACAUCAGCAACACCCGCCUGCGCAUCUGGGGCAGCACCAUGGGGUGGCUGAUUCAACUCUUCCAUAAGAAAAUCGAGUCAUCUCUUCGAAACACCUUGAACAGCAAGAUCUGCAAGUUUGUGGCCAAUUCUGUGUCCACCAAGCUGCAAGCUUAUGUCAAGAAUUUUCCAGUGACCACCCAAAUAGAUGCUGUGGCUGGGAUUGACUACCGUCUGGUGGCACCUCCGAUAACCACAGCUGAGAACCUGGACGGGCAACUGAAGGGGGAGUUUUUCAGCCAGGCACACCGCAGCCCACCUCCCUUCACCCCGCCGGCAAUGGCAUUCCCCGAAGACCACGACCGCAUGGUGUACCUGGGCAUCUCCGACUACUUCUUCAAUACGGCCGGGCUCGUGUACCAAGAGGCUGGAGCCCUGAAGCUCACCCUCCAGGACCACAUGAUGCCCAAUGGAUCCAAAUUCCUACUGACAACCAAGUCCCUUGGAAACGUCCUUCCUCAGGUGGCCAAGAUGUUCCCCAACAUGAAGGUGCAGCUCCAGGUCUCCGUCUCGACCCCACCACAGCUGAACAUGCAGCCCACAGGCCUUACCCUCACCCCGAAGCUGGAGGUCCAGGCCUUUGUGAUCCUCCCCAACUCCUCCCUGGCCCCCCUCUUCCUGCUCAGCAUGACGGCGAGUGCUGCCUUGGAGGUCGGUGCCAGGUCCAACAGGCUUGUUGGAGAGCUGCAGGUGGACAGGCUGAUCCUGAAACUGAAGCGCUCCAACAUCGGCCCCUUCCAGGUGGAGUUGCUGCAGACUGUCAUGGACUACGUAGUACACACUGUGCUGCUGCCCAGGGUCAACGAGAAGCUGAAGACAGCCUUCCCCCUCCCCAUGCCUGCCCGGGUCCAGCUCUACAACCUGCUGCUUCAGUCCCACCAGGUAAGUCCCCCAAGUGUCCCGAGGCCACCUGUCCCAUAGCAACAGCUUAUCGUUGGCGCGAAGCAUCCUUGGUGCCAUGCCAAGCCCUCA